AUGCAAACAAUUUCUGAAUCAAAUGUAAUCAAUGAAGCUCAGAAAUUAUAGAUACCUUAAAUAUAAGAAAAAGAAACUCAGAUGCUUAUAAAUUCAAUAUCAUAAAAUAGUCAAUAAUCAUCAAUAAUUACAUCUAAUUAAUAAAAUAGUUAACCAUUCACUUAUUAAUUGAUACGACAACACUCAAUUAAAUAAGAAUAAUUGUAUUAUGCAUUUGCUGUUAAUAUAGAUUGUUCAAUAUUAAUUGCUGGUAGCUAUAAAUAAAUAAAAGUGUUUGAAUUUAUAUAAGGAAUAUUAAAAUAAAUUUAAAAAUUAAAUGAACAUGUAUAAUAUAUAUGGACUUUAAAUUUCAUGAAAAGAUCGGAUUAGUUUAUAUCUGGAAGCGAGGAUAAGACAAUCAUAAUUUGGAAAAAAAAUCUAAAUAAUUCAUGGGAUUUCUAAUAAAAAUUGAUUGGACAUAAAGGGGGAAUUGUAUGUUUGUUGUUAAAUAAUAAUGAAGACAUUAUAGUAUCUGGUAGUUAAGAUAAAAAGAUUAAAUUUUGGUAGAAGUAAAAUGAAUGGAUGUGCUCUCAGACAAUUACAAAUCAUACAAAUAUUGUAUAUGGAUUAAGUUUCAAUGAAUAAUAAAAUAAAUUGAUAUCUUGUGCAGGCGAUAGUUCAAUUUUAAUAAUUGAACAAUAAGAACAGAAUAAAUCUUGGAUUGUAACAUAAAAGAUAACAGUGGAAUAAUUUGGAUAUAGAUUAUGCUUUAUCGAUAGUAAUACAUUUACAUUCUAACCUUAUGGGAAGUAAUACAUAAAUAUUUUUCAGAUGAAUACUGAAAAAUAUUAUAUCAAGACAAAGGAUAUUUCUGUAAAAGGUGGUCAAUCUGAUAAUUGUUUUUUUCCCUAAUAAUAUAUCAAAUCAAAAUGUAUGCUUGUGAAUAAGCGUAAUUCAAUUGUAAGUUUAAUAAGGAACAAAAAAAAUGGAGAGUUUAUAACCGAAGAAUCUAUUGAAUUCGGAAGUUAAGAUAUUUUUGGAUAUAUGACUGAGGAUGGAUAGUAUUUGAUCACUUGGGAUAAUAAGUAAAGAGAAAUUCAGAUCAGAAAAUAUUUGGAGAAAUAAUGAGUUAUUG